GGGGCCGUGCUGAGCUCCUCCACACCGCCCCUUUUCUCCCUUCCAGACCUCCGGCGCUGCUACGGCGGCAGCCGCACGCAGGAGGCGGCGGUGCGGGAGCGGCGGUGCCAGGAGGCGGCGCUGGGCGCUGAGGGCUCCCCGGCCCCUCUGCUGCUCAGGACGAGGCGGAUCGCGCAGAACGCGCUGCUGAAGGCGGCUCCGUACAGCAGCUGCUGCAGGAGGACGGGGGCGGAUGGAAGCGGUGUGAGAGCAGGAAGGACCCGAAUGGGGCCGAGCGUUGCCCCCACAGCCGUGAAGGAGCGCAGAGAUGCAGUGGAGGCCACGGCUGCAGUUCUGCUGCCCGGACGCUGUGAGGCAGCAGUGGAUUCCACCCACGCCCAGCAGGGCGGUCUGAGGGGGGCUCAGCCGUCGCCACCCCCAAAUCAGCCCACAGCUGUCAGCCCCACACGGCGCCAGGAGCUGCAGCGAUACCUGCAGCUGCGGAGCGCCGGAUGGAUCCAGGACCCCUCUGGGAAGUGGGUGAAGGAUGAGAACGCCGAGUUUGACUCUGAUGAGGAUGAGCCCCCAGCGCUGCAGCCCACCUGAGGUGCCCAUCCUCCAGGGCUGCCCCCAGCCCCACUGCUGUGAGAAUGGGGCAGCUGGAGACGAAGGGGUGUGCGGGUCCUGUGGAAAUACAGCCUGGCGCUGCAGGGAUCCGGCA